AUGGCGUGCCCCUGCAAAAGAGAUCAUGUCUUUAUUGGCUUAGAUUUCGGAACAACCCGUUCCGGGGCCGUUGUCACCCGUGCAGACGUUUGCACAGAACACAGCUACUUCCAAGUUCAGCAUGAAAUUCGGGUCCCGAAGUUUCUGGCAACUUUUGUCUCUCGAGGCCACAAGAUCGAGAUGAUGAGAACAGACCAGAAUGAUCCGAAUGUAUCUGGUGUCAAGAAUGCGAAACUAGAGAUUCUGUUCAACGGCGGCCCAGAAUGGUUCGUGAAACAGGGAGACUACCAUAAAAUCAAGUCAUGGGUCGAGCUGGAUUGGCAACGAUCAAGCGGUGCUGGCCUCCCGGCUGAGUACUUUGGAAGUGCAAUUAAGACGCUCUACGACCUAGCCUGGGAGGGCCUUGAGAUGCCACAGAUUAGCAAAGAAUCCAUCACCACGGUGGUGACCUUUCCGCUACUCACAGGCGCGAUCAAGGACACGCUCAAGAGAGGCCUAGAGUACUCAAAUAUAUCAUCUCGGUGCCAGGACGUGCAGGUCAGCGAGGAGUCCCAUGCUGCACUCGCGGGCCUGCUGCGCGAAUACCCCGAGAUUGGUCGGGAGGCUCUCGCGGCAAAUGAGUCAAUAAUUGUCGCCGACUGCGGCGGUAUCACAUUAGAUAUCGCAGCAUUCAGACCCUUCGACCCAAACUGCGGAGGUGCCCCGACAGCUGCCUCCAUUUCGAGACUUGGGGGUGGCUUUUGGAUAGACCGCAACUUCGAGGAGUUGGUUGAUAAAAAGUUGGAUGAGCUCAAGGCUCAGAUAUCACAGCUCGACGAAGUGGACGAUGAGGAGGCGGAUGAGCCUCAGCAUGUCUUCCUAACCGGCGGUUUGGGUUGCUCUCAGGCUGUCCGGGAACUAGUCCCAAGAAUAUUGAACGCCAAGACUGCGGAUGGCAAGCCGCCAAUGCGGGUUGAGAACACUGGGGAUCCCCCCUUGUUGUGGAACGCCGUCGCAAUGGGAGCGGCACAUUGCUUCGACCGGACCAUCCCGGUGCAUCGCCCCACGUGGCGGCCAUUCGCCGAAACUCCAGAGUCGAAUGAGAUGAUGGGUUAG